AAUGGAAGAACUUUCUUCGCCAUCUUCUCGAGGAGUCUCACCACUCCAACUAUCACAUUGUAUCGAAGAGCUUUUAAGAUUCACUCUUUCGUCUUAUGUCAAUGAAACACUAGAAUUCGAUCUUGGUAUGUCGAAGGAAUAUUGCACCGAUCUCCUUAGAGCUGAUCACUGUGACCUAAAUUCGGAUCGAUCUGAUACUGCUGGGGGUGUGCCGCUUUAUCCCUUACACAAGUCUCUAGCAUCUGCUUUAUGCCAGUUCCAAACUUCUGGAUCCUUUCAGAGAACAUCUAGUGGGUUAAUUUUCCAGGAAGAUAAGUCCAUAAAGCAAAAAGAAGAUGAGUGGAAUAAACUAGUUUUGGAUAAUUUAUUUGAGUUAACAAAUAUGUUAAAGGCCAUUGAGUUUGAACUUCGUGUCCAGGAGCCAUUCUUUUCACAGCUAAGAGCUGGCCAAAAAUCAAUUGAAGGAAGGUGCGCUGUUGGUGGUUACAACCAAAUUGGAUCAGGGGCUUUGCUUCUCUUCAACAAAUGUCUGUUGCUUGAAGUUGAGGAUGUUAGACGGUAUGAUUCAUUUUCUGCGAUGUUGGAGUUAGAGUCCCUUCCAAAGGUUCUGCCUGGUGUAAAUUCAAUCGAAGAAGGUGUGCAAAUCUAUCGUAAGUUUUAUACAGAAGAGAAGGAAAAGUCUAAUGGUGUCCUUGCAAUUUGCAUUACAAAACCAACUUCUCAGCCUUACAUUUCCCUUGCUGGCAUAAUUUCUGGAUUGAGUUACGACGGCAUACGUAGACUUUUGGGCUUGGCCCAUACUGUGGGUUCAGCUCCUGAUGCACUUCCUCCACCAAGAUAUGCUCUGCUAUCAUCUUUUGUGAUGCCUCAUAAGUUAAAUGUUAAAGGUAGUACCUUAACCAAGGGUGCAAGGGCAUUGGCUAAGCAUGUUAACAGGAGUGGUGAUGGAUGGUGGGGUAAUUUUGAUGGAAAUGGUAAGCAUCUAUUCAAAUAUGGCACCCAUGUUACUGAGGAUUGUUUUCUACAAUUAUCCUAGUCAAUUUGCAUUAUGGCAUGCUGUUAUUCUCAAGACGAUUAUGAAUAUUGCCAUGCUUGCUUGUCUCUCUCCCUCUCUCUUGUGUUUGUAAU